GGACUCUAUUAAAAUCAAAUACUAAUAGGCUGCGUGGAAUUAUAAGCAGAAUCUAAGGCUUUUUUUUUUUUUUAAAGCAGAAUCUAAGAAGUAAGAAGUAGGGUAAUUUACCCUAAUUAUUAAUUAAUCUAUUAAAUUCUGAGCGCGAACUCAAUCACCUAAAAAACGUUGCGUUUUCAGCUGCCGAAGCUGCCGUACGCUUAAUGUAGGUAAAGGUCAGUUAUUUCGUAAGAGCAGUGAGGCGUUACCUGAAAAGGAAAGCGUAGUGUUUUUGCUUGCGUGUCUCCUCCAGCUGCGGUCCCAAAUUACAAAGACGCUAUUUUUUUUUUUAUUUCUAUAGACAGAUGCAGUAUGUAAAGUGUUUAAACUUUUUCCAAGAUUUGCUCAAAGCAAAAGCAUUGGAACGAGGACGGUUGCUUGGUUUAGAUGUCGGUGAUAAGUAUGUUGGACUAGCUGUCUCAGACCUCGAUAAUAAAAUUGCCACACCUUUAAGUGUUCUGAUUCGGAAGAAAACAAAUAUUGAUCUGAUGGCUAGUGAUUUUCAAAGCCUGAUCUCUGAACUUUCUUUGGUGGGCUUCAUUGUUGGCUACCCAUUUGACAGACAACAACGUGCUCCUGAUGCUGUACAAGUGAAGCUAUUCAUCGAUGACCUGUCUAAAACAGGAAAGCUUGAUGGAGUUAAGUACACGUUUUGGAAUGAGUGCUUUACAUCAAAGCAAUAUAUGACAAGCAGUAAGGAAUCUCAUAGUUUGUCCUUUCAACAGAACGCGGAUUUGCUGCUAAAGCCUUUGAGCUUGCACCCAAUACUAUCGAAAACUAUAGUUGAUAAGUUUGCUGCUGUUCAGAUUCUUCAGACGUACCUGGAUUAUGGGAAGAAGAACGUAAAGUUGGAAACAGCUGGAUGAGACCUUAUCAAAUGGGUGUGUACGUUAUGUCAUCUGUUUCUAUCAUGCAUCCUAGCUUUGUGAGUAAAAAGUGCUGCUGGAGUUUGGCAGUUUGCCUUAUGCUGGUUCACCUUCAUGUUCUGAAAAAAAAAAAACAUUUUAUUGCCAACGCUCUGACAUAACAGCUCUGGCAUAGCAAAAUUAAAUGUUUCUGUCAGUAAUUGUACUCCAAAUAUCUUAAUCUUGCGUAUGACUGCAAGUUAUUAAUUAGGCAGCUAUACAAUUUUUUUGAGCCUUUGGAUGCA